GCCACUAUCGCCAUCUGCGAAGGCUAGCCCGCUUCGUCGCCACGCUGCCCAGCGACGACGGCGCGGAGCUCAUGGCAUCGUCCUCUGCGCCUCUCGGACUCGAGUUGCUCGUUCCCGCCGGCGUCGCACAGCUCGGCAUCGUCCGCGCCCGCAGCGAGUAUUGCCUGACCGACGCCGACCUCCAAGGGCUGCCCCGCUCAGCGCAUCCCGGCGCUGGCGUCAUGUUCUCCGUCAAGGAUCUCGCUAGCGUCGCCAUCCUGAAGGGGUACCGCGAGCGCGGGCAGCGGGUCGUGCGUAUCAGCAGGCCCGACGUCUCGCGGGCCGAGACGCUCUUCCUUCCCGUCGGCAUCAUGACCACGGUCGGCGAGGUAAAAGCCAUGAUGCCGGGACGCGCAGACCUCCUCGGGCGCCGGCCCGAGCUCUGGCUCCGACCUGAGGAGCGGCGCGCUGGCUCCUUCUGACCAAGGAGCAGACUUUUUAUUUGACAGAAUACGCCGUUAGUCCAACCAGCAGAUGUGAAAAAUGGUAGCGAGAGUGCACACCCGUGUGUGAGCGUGCCCCGGACGCACCCGUGAGGCGUGAGCGUGACCCAUUGCCGCCGUGAAACAAGCACAUGGCUAGCAAUUGCAGGCGGCCCUCGCGCAGCGCAACGCCCCGCGUGCAGCGGAGGCGGCGACCGACGCCUGUCUGAGCCGUACGCGGGCGAACGCGCCCCGACACGCAGACUGACGCUGACGGCCGCAGCAGCCCUCGCCCCCGCCACGUGGCACCCCUCGCCCCCGCCACACCCGCGCGAGCUCGCCCGCUGUGGCGGCGCGGCGGUCACGGUAACAGGCGCGACCGCACUGCCUCUCGGCCGCUCUAGCCGAGCCGAGGGCGCCCUCGCCCUCGCCCUCGCCCUCGUCGCCGCCGGCGUCCUGGGUCGUUGCGGUCGGUGUGGGAGGGCGUGAUCCAAACGCAAGCGUUGGCUGCCGAGCUGCUUGCGCGGGGCCGGGACGCGGGAGGAGCGCCGGGACGCGGGAGGAGAGGCGGGUGCGGCGACCGACGCCGCGCCGCGAGCAGCGGGAGCGUCAGGACGGAAGUGCGCGACACACCCUGGCGAUGGAGUAUGAACAAGACGAGCGGGAGGGCACCGAGACACAUGUUCGCCGCACCGGUGGAUGGUCCAAUGAUGGUCGUCGUGCCUGCGCCGGCGGCUAUUGCAGCGGCAGCGGCGAUCGCAGCAGCAGGGCAGCUAGCUAGGAUCACCGGCGCCUCACCCGCCCGUGGAAGCUUUGUGGCCUUGUCCGGCCACGUUGUACGGAUCAAUGUCGCCGGCGCCGAGGGAUUACAAGCCGCGCCCGCCUGAGCGAGCGGCGUCAGCCAGCCGCGCAGCGCUCGGCGAAUCUGAGUGAAUGUCGGCGGCGCGCUCGCGACAGCGCAGCGCCGCACCGUGUGCCCUGCAGAAGGCGAGCGUCGUCGCCCGGAAGGACGGCAUCGCGCGGAGCUGGCUCUAUGGACGCACGAUCAGCGCCGUCCGCGGCUCUUCCUGCGACAGGAAGCAGCAGGGGCUGUCAUGCCGCCGGAGCGGUCUCGGCACCACGUCGAACGCGCGGCGGCGGGGGAGGUCUGUGGGUCGCCAGGGCGCGUGUGCGGGCCGAGGGUGCGCCGGUGGGCGUGUGGGGUGGGGAGGGUUGCUCAGGAGCGCUCACACGCACGCACGGCGACGCACGGCGCGAUUUGCUUCGCAUGCG